GGGACCAACGAGCCGUGGAGAACCGAAGGAGAGAGAGAGAGAGAAAGCAUAAGCGAAGGGACUUGUCCUUGUCCUUCUUCUCUCGGAACCGAACCCAGACCGUGGCGGUGAAAUCCGAUCGUAGGGAAGAAGGGGGAAUCAAGGACCGCUCGGCCUCAUUCGUCCCUCUCGUCGUCGUUCUCUGGUCUCUUUGGGAAGAAUCAAGAAAGAGAAGAAGAGUUUUAAUGGCUACGAGGCAUCAGGCCGUGGUUUCCCAGCAGCAGAAAGGUGGGGUUGUUCCUGCGGGCAAGCAGAAAGCUGCUACUGGAGCAGAUGGGAAGAACCGACGAGCCCUCGGAGAUAUAGGUAAUAUGGUCAAUGUCCGAGUUGUUGAAGGGAAGCCGCUUCCCCCAAUCAAUCGCCCCAUUACCAGAAGUUUUGGUGCUCAACUCCUUGCAAAUGCGCAAGCUGCCACCGCCGCUGCCGCCAAUAAGAAACCUUUAGCUGUUCCUGCUGAUGGAGCAGCAGUGGCUACGGGGGCUGCGAAAGUAGCUAAGAAGGUUACUGUCAAGCUGAAGCCUGAGCAUGUCAUUGAGAUCAGCCCUGACACUGAGGAGAAAACAAAGGAAGAAUCUGAGAGUAGUAGUUCCCGCUGCAAGCCUUCAAAAAAGAAGGUUCAUUCGCUUACUAAAGUACUUACAGCUAGAAGCAAGGCUGCCUGUGGAGUCACUGACAAAACUAAAGAGUUGGUUCAUGAUAUUGAUGCACCCGAUGCCAAUGAUCAGUUGGCUGUUGUGGAUUAUGUUGAGGAUAUCUACAAGUUCUAUAAACUUGCUGAGAACACUAGCCGGCCACAUGACUACAUGGACUCACAGGUGGAGGUCAAUGCAAAAAUGAGAGCAAUUCUGGCUGACUGGCUGAUAGAAGUGCAUCACAAAUUCGAGCUCCAGCCUGAGACUCUAUACCUCACUAUGUACGUUAUUGAUCGAUACCUUUCGAUGGAAAUAGUCUUAAGGAGAGAACUGCAGCUUGUGGGAGUCUCUGCCAUGCUCAUUGCCUGCAAAUAUGAGGAGAUAUGGGCUCCAGAGGUCAAUGAUUUCAUUUGUAUAUCAGAUAGGGCCUAUACCAGAGAGCAAAUACUGGCCAUGGAGAAAGGAAUUCUGAACAAGCUUGGAUGGAACUUAACUGUUCCCACGCCUUACGUAUUUCUUGUGAGAUUUUUGAAGGCUGCAUUAGGUGACAAAGAGUUGGAACACAUGGUUUUCUUCUUUGCUGAGUUGGCUCUGAUGCAGUACUCUAUGAUCAUGUUCUGCCCAUCAAUGGUUGCUGCUUCUGCUGUUUAUGCUGCUCGAUGCACUCUUAGUAAGAGCCCACUUUGGACUGAAACACUGAGGCGGCACACAGGGUUCUCUGAGCCACAGCUAUUGGACUGUACUCAAAUUUUAGUGAACUCUCAUUCAGCGGCACCAGAGAGUAAGCUGAAGGUUGUGUACAAGAAGUAUUCAAAUGAGCAGUUUGGAGCCGUGGCUUUGCAACCUCCGGCAACAAAAUUGUUAGAAGAGUUGAACGCUUCGAGGAAGAAGUGAUCUGGGAGAACUGGUUUGAGUUAGAAGAGUUGAAUGCUUUGCAACCACCGGCAAAAAACAAAAAAAAGGUUAGAAGAGUUGAAUGCUUUGAGGAAGUGUGAUCCGGGAGAAAUGGUGAUGCUCGAUUACCAACUGGUAAUUAAUAUGUAUGUGUUCUUUUGUUUCCAGAGAAAAGAGGGGAAAGAGGGUGCUGAAAACUAAAUCAUCCUAGUGAUUGUAGAGGGAUUUGUUUGCGUGUUUUUGGUCAAUACUCUUUACUUGGAAGUCAUAGCACUUUGAAGGAAGCAAACAUCACAACAUUUGUCUGGCAGUAUAGUGAUUUGUUGGUUA